CGGCGACAGCGACGUCGACGUCUGCAGCGCUUAGCCAGCAAACGACCAUAACUGAGACUGAUACGUUUAAAAACUCUUUGCCGUUGUUCAGUCUGUUCUCUGAAUUCGUGUCGUUCCAAUAUUCUUCUACAUUCUACCCGUGUUCGUUUUCUACUCGUUGUGUUCGCUCGUCUGCCUGCCUGCCCUGUAAGAACAAAAACUGAAGAAAUUUCAUAUAUAAAAGCAAAACACAAUCACAAAAUAAAUACAUCAGCUAAUAUAUUAUAAGAUUAACUAAAACUAAACAUAACAAAAAAGUUACAAAAAUGAUGCAAGUAAUUUAAGUAUAAAGUACAAAAAACAAAAAAAUAAAUACAAAUUAAUUAAUCGAAACCACACAAAAAUAUUACCACAUUCGACCUGUCUAAAAAAAUUCAACUGCAACAAAUAAUAACAAUAAAUACAAGUGCAGUGUACAACAACAACAUCAACAAGACCAACAGCCGUAGCACCAACAAUCACAAAGGAGCAAUAUUAAAUACACGGAUCAAUACCAAAGAUGGAGGCAAAAUUCUUGGCUAGCGCUCUCUCAUUCCUCUCGAUAUUUUUAGCCAUUAAUGCUCAAUCGUUUGCCAACGAUAUUACCGAGCCUACAGACUAUGAGAUCGCACCGGCGAUUUAUUAUGGCGACUCAAACGUCAAUAUAGGCGAGCCCUUCUCUAUCACCUGCAUCAUACCAAUCACCGAGAAGAUACACUGGCUGAAGAAUGGCGAGUCCCUCACUCGCCACAAUUUGCGCCAUGGUCGCGACGAACAUGCGUAUACGCUCUCCGAGAGCGCCAUUGAAGGUGAGAAGCACAAGAUCGAGGCACAUCUUGCUGUACGGCACGCACUGAAGGUGCACGAGGGACGCUACCAAUGUAAUCUGCGACACAACGGCUACCAUGUGCUGCAUGUGCGCGGCACAACCCAAAUCAACGAGCCCACAGAAUCGGGGUAUCAAACUAUUGAUGACCUGACGCCUAACUCAGUUGGCGAAAUAUUCACGCGCACGUGGCAGGAACAGAAGCAGCAGCAGAUACCGAUAUCCACACACCACCUGCACAAGCCCUACAAGCAUCUGUAUAGCAAUGCGACAAACACACGAGCGGAGAGCGAGGAGGGAUACUUCGAUUUGGGAUAUUUGCCGGCACCGGCACCAACGAACAGGUACCAGGAUUUAACAACUAUGCCUUGGCAUGGCUCGACAGUGGGUAGUCCUAGUGGCGGUGGUGGCAUUCAUCGCGUAUACUCGGCUACGCCGCCAGACUUUCCACCACCUCGCAUCAAUAUGUUGGAACACACAGUGGCGCCACCGGAGCCACCCACCAUACAGCUUUACAACCAAACGAUGCCGCCGCAUCAUCAACAACAACAAACAACAACACAUGCCACAAAUCCGAGUAGAAUUGGACAACAGUCCAGAAUUGGAACGCCCAACACCACCUCUGCCACCACCCAUCAUCGGGUGCAUCAUCAGCAGCAGUUGCAGCACACGCUGAAUGGCUUCCAAAAGCCACAGCCGCCCUACGCACAUUCCAGUGAAAAAUAUCAAACCUAUGCGCCUCAGUUUAUACAGCCUGGCCUUACAACUGCCACAGCUACCAUGUCGAGAUCGUCACCUCAGCCUACCACGUCGCCGACAACCGUAUUUGUGGGGCUAAUGCAACAGCCCAAGACGUUCUUGCCUAUUAAGAAGGGGCCAGAUUCUUUGGUUCCAAACUAUGAUAAUGAAGAGCAUCAAAUGAAAUUUUACGAUAUACGAACGCCGCUCGUCCUGAGCUGCAAUGUGAAAGAUGCGCCUGCAACAGAGCCCCUCAGAUGGGAAAAGAAUGGAACAGAUGUUUUCAAAGUUGAGUCUCUAAAGGGUCGCUUUAGAGUUUUGGAUGCUGAAAGAAAAUUUAUAAUUGAUAGAGCAGAAGCUGACGACGACGGCCUUUACAGAUGCGUGUUCAAUGGCGUGAGUAAGGAUAUCCAUGUAGUCGCCCGCAUUGUUGUACGAGUACCUUCCAAUUCUGGAGUUGUUGAGGGCGAGAAGUUGUCGGUUAUUUGCACCGUUCUCGGAACAGAUCCCAAAUUGUCUUGGAGCUUUGGCAAUUUAACACUGACGAGCAGCACAGAUCGUUACAUUCUGAAAAGCGAUAGUAACAAUAUAGAAAAUGCUGUGCUAAUGAUUGAGAACGUCACUCUGAAUGAUAGAGGCGAAUAUAAAUGCAUUGGACGCAAUGCGGCUAAUGAUUAUAUUGCGAAUAGCACCCUUGCCAGCGACGCCACAACCGUGCGUGUUAAGGGGAAACUUGCCGCCUUGUGGCCUUUCUUGGGUAUUUGUGCAGAGGUACUCAUACUCUGCCUGAUCAUCCUUAUCUAUGAGAAGAGACGUAACAAGAGUGAGCUGGAGGAGAGUGAUACUGAUCCACAAGAACAGAAAAAGAAAAGGAGAAAUUAUGAUUAAGAUUCCUGAUGAGACAAAUUUAAAUAUGAGAGUAUAUACAUAUGUAUGUAUAAGGAAAGAAAAUUAAUAGAGAAUUUGUGUAAAUGGCGCUUAGAUUCUCAUUUAGCGCCGAUCGCACUUACCCCCUCCCUCCCAACAUACACACACAUAAAAUAUAAACAUUAAACAAAAUAAUUAAAAAUAAACAAAUUAAAAAAGAAUAGGAAACCGUUUAGAGAAACUAACACAACAAACAAUUGUAUGAACUUUGUUUAGUAAAAUUGUAACUUAUUAACAAAUUAUAUAUAUAUACUAACUGAACUUAACAUUAAACUGAAAGUGAUAGCAGGUAAACGAACUCUAAAGCAGAACACUAGUAAUUAAACUAUUUACAAAAUUAACAAAUAUUAAAGAAGAAUUAAAUCCCAAAGUCCCAACCAACCACUCGACGUGAGAUGUUCCCAUUUAUGGUACAUAAAUAAAUAUAUUGGUUCGUUCAGUUAUCUUUCGGAAUAUAUGAGAUGCUGCGAUUCCUUCUCAGAAGAUCUUUUGUCAACGCGCUUUUUAUUGAGUUUUUAAAGGAUGCGCUAAAUGGAGGAGGAGGAGAUCCGUUGAAGUCCUAAACAAAAAGAAAACAGAAGAGAAGCUGUUGAAUGUUACAAUUUGUUUAUACAUAACAACUAUUAGUUAAUGAAAUGAAUUGAAAAACAAAAUUUUAGAAUAACUGAGUAGCGCGUUAUCGAUAUACAUACAUAUUUUUUAAGUAUAAAUGCUGUGCAAUUCAAAUUAAAUAAUAUUGUAUAUUGCAUAAUUUUUAACUAACAAAACACGU